AUCUCUCACACGUGUAGUCCACGAACCCCUUCUUUAUAAAAAGCUUGUGAACUAAACGUUAACGCUGAUAAAAGAACCUUUCCACAUAAAUAAUGAAGGCUGAGUUGAAUUUACCGGAGGGGUUCCGAUUUCACCCGACGGACGAAGAGCUCGUUAAGUUCUAUCUUUGCCGGAGAUGCGCAUCGGAGCCCAUCAGUGUUCUGGUAAUCGCAGAGAUUGAUCUGUACAAGUUCAACCCAUGGGAACUUCCAGAAAUGGCUUUGUACGGAGAGAAAGAAUGGUACUUCUUCUCACCUCGAGACCGGAAAUACCCAAACGGUUCGCGUCCAAACCGGUCUGCUGGAACCGGUUAUUGGAAAGCGACUGGAGCUGAUAAACCGAUCGGUAAACCGAAGACGUUGGGGAUUAAGAAAGCACUCGUCUUCUACGCCGGGAAAGCUCCGAGAGGGGUGAAGACGAAUUGGAUUAUGCAUGAGUAUCGUCUCGCUAAUGUUGAUCGAUCUGCUUCUUCCAACAAGAAGAACAGCUUGAGACUUGAUGAUUGGGUCUUAUGUCGGAUUUACAAUAAGAAAGGAACAAUGGAGAAGUGUUAUCCGGCGGUGGUGACUACGAUCAGUACGUCGGACUCCUCAAGUCACGUGAUUUCACCAGACGUCGGCACGUGUUCUGACAACUGCGAGUCGAAAUGGGUUGAUGAUCUCGAGGACGAGUUCAUGUUUGAUUCCACGUUGCAAAAUGACCCUUUUGUCCCUCAGUUUCUGUAUCAGUCGGAAUUCGCCACACCGUUCGAAGACUCGCCGGAGCAAAAGCCGUUCUUGAAAUGGAGUUUUGGUCAUCAGGGGUGAAGUUACAAAGAGCAUAAAGGUUGAACUUGAAGCUUUCUCAGAGUAUCUAGCCACCGCACACGAGGGGACUCGGUGUCGGAUUUUGACCCGGAAACCAAGUUUGGGCCCUACAGUUACAGAAUUGGUGUCCACUUGUUGAUCUGACUCUUCAGCUAGAUUCGAUUUUUGUGUUUGUUAUAAAUGUCUAAAGAUAUCGAAGUGAAAACAGAGGAACUGUACAAGCAACAGUGACCAUUAUAAAUCAUAUAUUUAUAUAUUCAUCAUAA